GCCAGUCGUCGGCUCCAUUCCCUGGGGUUGUCCUUGCUGGCCGGUUCUCCAGCCGUUGUCAAAUGCCAGCAUUGAGCAGCCUUCAAUCUACAAACAAGUAUGUACGGAGUGUAGGUUGUUCGCCUGUCUCUAUAAUAGGGACCCUGAACCCAGCAGCAACUCCGCUUGGGUUUGUCGAUCCACAGGCACAGUUGGUUAAGGACAAGGUUUUGGAUUAUUAUAGCUUUUUGGGCAAACUCCGCCGCUUGGAAGAAGUCGCGGUGUAAAUGCUGCAACGCGCUCAGACGGCGGCGAUGUUGGCGGUCUUGAGAUCCAUGGAGGGAGUGUCAGUUGCCGCAAAGUGGAUGCUGACAUGCAGGACUCGAGGGCUGGAACGGCUGCGAGUGGAGAGGUUUCGAGGACAAGGCCUGCUGUGCUCCGCUGCUGCCGGGCGCUGUUGGACUUUCAUGACAACCGAACGAAAAAGGCUGCCCAAUAUGCCAACACAAACCUGGAAUGACAAGAUGAGGCCCGGGUGACCUGGUAGCGAAUGCCCUCAGCGAGACGGUGGGUUUUCUGUCACAAAACCAACGACCCAACCCACCCACAAACCCGUCGUGGUGAGCGUGGCUCCAUUUGAUCAAGGGUUGAUGGAGGGGGUUGUAACAGGUGGCGGAUGGGCAAGGGCUUUGGGUGCGGCCCUGGCGGCGUCGAUAAGUGGGUCCGUGCCAUUUGUGGGGCACCUCCAGACACUGGCAGAGACCCCCUGGGCCUGGCCGGUCAGCUC